GUAUUAUUGGUACUGGCACUAUUAUAAUUUGGAGGGUGGGAGUGAGAGAGAGAGAGGCACUUGUUGUGGUUGAGGAGGAUGAACGCACAUGGAAGUGAAAGAGCACCUCUCUUAGAGGCUGAGCGUGGUGGAAGGGGAAAGAGAGAUGAUGCCUCAGCAGGUCAAGUCUCAGACCUUGAGCAUGGUGAUGCAGUGCCGGCGGCAAAUGUGGGAUUCUUUCGGGUGUUUUCACUUGCAAAGCCUGAGGCUGGAAAGUUGGUGAUUGGUACCGUGGCUCUGUUGGUUGCUGCCACAACAAGUAUCUUAGUUCAAAAAUUUGGUGGGAAUAUAAUCGACAUUGUCUCAGGGGAUCUGCGAACUCCUGAGGAUAAAGACAAAGCUUUGAAUGCUGUCAAGAGCACCAUACUAGAAAUCUCUCUUAUUGUUGUUAUUGGUUCAGUUUGCACAGCACUUCGAGCUUGGCUUUUUUCUUCUGCUAGUGAAAGGGUUGUUGCACGGCUGAGAAAGAAUUUGUUCAGUCACCUUGUAAACCAGGAGAUAGCCUUCUUUGAUGUUACUCGAACUGGGGAACUUUUAAGUAGGCUAUCUGAAGAUACACAGAUCAUAAAGAAUGCUGCAACUACCAAUCUUUCCGAGGCCCUGAGAAACUUAUCAACUGCAUUUAUUGGUCUUAGCUUCAUGUUUGCAACAUCAUGGAAGUUAACAUUGUUGGCUUUGGCUGUUGUACCUGUUAUUUCUGUUGCUGUUCGUAAAUUUGGCCGUUUCCUGCGUGAACUUUCUCAUAAAACUCAAGCAGCAGCUGCAGUAGCUUCUUCAAUUGCUGAGGAAUCCUUUGGUGCAAUAAGAACAGUAAGAUCUUUUGCCCAAGAAUAUUAUGAAAUAACACGCUACUCUGAGAAAGUCGAUGAGACACUUAAGCUUGGACUUAAACAAGCUAAAGUUGUUGGACUCUUUUCUGGAGGCCUUAAUGCAGCAUCUACACUUUCAGUUAUUGUAGUUGUUAUAUAUGGAGCUAACUUGACAAUCAAGGGUUCCAUGUCCUCAGGCGAUCUUACAUCUUUCAUUCUUUAUAGUCUCUCGGUGGGAUCUUCUAUAUCUGGUCUGUCAGGGUUGUACACAGUAGUUAUGAAAGCUGCAGGUGCUAGCAGAAGAGUAUUUCAAAUUAUGGAUCGUGUCUCAUCCAUGCCUGUGUCGGGAAAUGAAUGUCCUCUGGGCGAUGGAGAUGGGGAAGUGGAACUAGAUGAUGUAUGGUUUUCCUAUCCAUCACGCCCUAAUCAUCCAGUGCUCAAGGGCAUUUCGCUGAAGCUGCAGCCUGGCUCAAAGGUUGCUCUUGUUGGUCCAAGUGGUGGGGGAAAGACUACAAUUGCAAACUUAAUUGAAAGAUUUUAUGACCCAACCAAGGGAAAGAUUACGCUGAAUGGGGUUCCUCUGGUAGAAAUAUCACACAAGCAUUUACACAGAAAGAUCAGUAUAGUGAGUCAGGAGCCUACACUCUUCAACUGUUCCAUAGAGGAGAACAUAGCUUAUGGAUUCGAUGGCAAAGUUAACCCUGAUGAUAUAGAAAAAGCAGCUAAAAUGGCCAAUGCGCACGAAUUUGUAUCAAAAUUCCCAGAAAAAUACAAGACCUUUGUUGGAGAGCGCGGGGUGAGGCUUUCAGGAGGGCAGAAACAGAGAAUAGCAAUUGCUAGAGCCCUGCUUAUGGACCCAAAAAUUCUCCUUCUGGAUGAAGCCACCAGUGCCUUAGAUGCUGAAAGCGAAUACCUAGUGCAAGAUGCCAUGGAUUCUAUCAUGAAGGGAAGGACAGUUCUAGUGAUUGCUCAUAGGUUAUCAACUGUGAAAACUGCUGAUACUGUUGCAGUUAUUUCUGAUGGCCAAGUAGUUGAAAGUGGUACACAUGAUGAACUUCUCAACAAGGAUGGUGUGUAUACUGCUUUAGUCAGGAGACAACUACAAACAACAACGAAAGCCGAAAUCUAGUCUCUGUCUAGCAAAUUAUGAAUAACUGUUACCACGUUGAGGAGAGGGGGCACAUGAUACUUUUGAGUUUGAGGAACAAGUUCCUUAGGAGGCCCUCACUAUCACAGUUGAAAGUGUUACUAUUUAGCAAGAAAUUGUGGAUAAUGGUCGUUAACUACCCCUCCCCUCUAGUCUAAAGACCUCCUUGGAUUAAGUAUUCUGUUUUUCUCCACUUGAAAUGAGUAACUACCAAGAUUUUAAAUCCUCACAAGAGAUGCUUGAAAUUUCAGGCUGUGUCUACAAGUACAAACAAUUAGUGCUGUUCUCUUCACCACAUUAUCACGAGAAUGUGGGAUGUGAUUUUAAUUUUCUUUUAAUCAAACCAUAUCCUUUUUUAUGGCGAGUAAUUUUCUUCAC